UCGAACUGCUUCCCUUCUCGUUUUUACUAGGUGAUUCAUGGCUGCCUAGCCAAAUUACCAGAAUACCCCCUCACACAGAUUUCGUCAUAAUCGGCGGCUCAAAUCUUGGUUAUGAACGGGCAACUUGAGCUUCUUAAGAUGCUGAUUGACCUGAAGGGGAAGGAAGGUGCAGCAGCUGCAGCUUGGAAAAGAGUGCAAGAUAGGCACUUGCAGAAAGGGCUUCUAAGCGUGCUUACUUGGCGGAAGCGGUUUUACACUAUGGAGCGGAACUAUGGGGAGGGGGAGACCAUGGUUCAGUAUCUCCAGAGGGUGGAUGAGAAUGUGAGGGCUUUGGAGGAGCUGGAUUACACGGUAGAUGAGAAGGAGAUCAUCUAUACUGCACUCCAAGGUAAGCCUGAGGGAUGGAAGCCUCACGGCUACUCUGGAGAGGCCCCACCAGUGACCAAACCUGAUUGGGUGGAGAAAAGGAUGAAGAAGGGGCUCUGGAAUAAGAAGGGAAGCAAGGGAGCAACGGCGGCAGCUGCUAAGGAUGAGAAGGGGAAGGGCCAAGACGACUCCUCCGAUGAUGGUUUCUCGUUUCUCAUGCUAGGGCAGGAUGCAUCUCUCGCUGGUCGUGCAUUGGCUGAUCCCAACUUCCUGGUUCUAGACUCUGGAGCAACAUCUGGGAUGCUUCCUCGCGUGAUCUCUUCACCUCCUACCAUCCUCUCCCACCAAACUCUAGGAGAGUGAUUCUGGCUAAACAGGGAUACAUCUGCACUUUCACUGAGGGAGGGUGCACUGUUAGAAAGGGUGAAGCUGUGGUGAUGGAGGCAAAGCUGGACAAGGGUUUAUACCUUGUUCCAGCUUGUGUGCCUAAUUGUUACAA